UUUGUAGUGUUUACUUCCGCUUGGCUGGUUUGGGUGGUGAGAUGUAGCACGUGGGCUUUAGUGCUUUGCAUUCGUCAAAGUAGUGGACCUGGGUGAUCUUUAGCAAGGACAUUGCGACAAGGAUGUGGGGCCCAGCAGCGGUUUUUCCUCCGCGGUUGACAAGGUCAGUUUUGCCAGGUGCUGGCCUCUUUUACUUUGGGAGGUUGGGAGCAACGCUGCGGAAGGACUGGCGGGCAAUUCGCCGUGACUACUGCCCACAGCCGUUGCCGGAUGAAGAUCCCAGGAAGUUGCGCCGGCCGUCCUUUGGCUACUUCAUUUCGAGCAGUUCCAUAAUCAGCCCGAAAUUGGCUGAGAUCUUGGCAGAAAUGCUGAACUUGGGAAAUAACGCACAUCGGCACAUAGUCAUGGAGUGCAAUCCAGGUCCUGGAGUCCUGACUAAGGCAUUACUAGAAACUGGUGCUUCAGUGAUUGCGCUUGAAAGUCACAAAAAGUUUAUUCCACACUUGAAGUCCUUAGGGGAAAAGCUGAAUGGAAGACUAGAAGUGGUCCAUUGUGACUUUUUUAAAAUGGAUCCUAGCAAUCAUAAUCUGGUGAGACCGCCUGUUGUGCUUUCACAAGAGCUUUUUCCAAGUUUGGGAAUAAAAGCAAAUUCCUGGUUAGAAGAUACUCCUUUUAAAGUAGUGGGAAUGCUCCCUGUGAAGAAUGAGAGAAAGGCACUUUGGAAACUUUUACAUGAUAUGUAUACUUGUUCUUCUAUAUAUAGAUAUGGCCGAGUAGAGCUAUAUAUGUUUAUUAGUGAAAGCCAGUUUGAGAAACUAAUCGCAGGUCCCACAAAUCCAUACUUGUAUCAUGUGUUAAGUGUGCUGUGGCAAGUAUCUUGUGAGAUUAAGCUUCUCUACAAGGCACCUUCUUCAUUAUUUGAUAUGUACAACAAGAAUGGACAACUAGUUCGUAAGGCUUCAGUAAUACAUCAAAACCUGUGUUUUAUUCAAAUGACUCCUCGUAAAGAUUUAUUUACAAAAUACUUAACUCCUCUUAACUAUGAUAUAUUUUUUCACAUGGUAAAGCAGUGUUUUGGGAGGCGCAGCGCCCUGCUAAUACAACAUUUACAUUCGUUGACUCCAUAUGAUCCACUAACUAUAAUGAAUAAAGCAGAAAUUAAAAGUGAAGUGAAGCCAUCUGAUAUCUACCCUCAGGACUUUAAGCACCUUUUUGAAACUAUAGAAUGUUCUAGUGAUGAUGACAGUAAAUGGCUAUAUGAUAGAGUCAUAGAAGAUUUACAUUGUUAGGGCAAUAGCCCAUCAAGGGCAUUAGCUGAACAGUUUAUUUGGAAAACACAACAGAUGAAAAAAUGAGUUGAAAAGCAGACAUUCUUUCAACAAAAGAUAUAACUGUUCUUGUUCAGACCAGGAAACUCAUUUCUGAAGUUGAUACCAUUGACACAUUGACUACAACAGUGACUGCUGUUUUAUUCACAACUGAAUAAAAGGAAAACUUCAAUUAAUUAUGCAAUGAUCAGUUGCAAUACUGUCUACUAUUAACUUUCUUUAUGGUAUUACCAAUUGAAAUUGGGUUUUCUUGUGAAAAUUGUCCCGGCCAAAGGACUUAUGUAUUUAAUUUAAGUAGUUCUCUUUCACCCUUGCUGAAUUUCACAUUCCUGAGGGGCAGAAGAAUUUGUAUAGUAUUAAAGUUAGAAAGUAAAUUAAACUUAAGUGGUUUAUUUUACUUUUCUGUUUGCUGAAAUUAUUAUC